CCGCCCUUGUGUCGUCUUCCUCUACAGAAAACGACGUUGCUGCCCCACAACUCGCUCUCCUUCUGUAAUCAGAGGAAUCUCUCCUGUAGCGUUCCCAUAUCUUCACUGGAAAAGGGUCUAAGCACGAAAUAUGAGGCGCACCUGACGACGACAGAAACGAAUACGUUGGCACCUGAGCCUUCCUCGUCGCAAAGCCCGUCUAGAAACGCCACCUCGGGAGUUCCUGGAGUCCGGUUCUGCGGCGUCCCCGAUGAUUCGGACAUUUUCAACAGGACGCGGGGAGAACGAGUUAAACGGUACAACGCGCAGGGGAGAAAAUGGAGCAAAAAGACCAUCACAUGGACGCUACGGAGGUCCAGCAGCCGGGCUGAUCUUCCUGAAGGGGUCAUCAGACAGGAGCUGACGGAUGCCAUGCGCGUCUGGGAGCGCGAAUCGACUCUUGUCUUCCAGGAGGUCCACAAAGACACCAAAGACGUGGAUAUCAUCGUCGACUUCGAGACAGGAGACCACGGUGACGGCUACAAGUUCGACGGUCAGGGCGGCACCCUCGCGCACGCCUUUUAUCCCGGGGGAGGCAUCGGGGGGGACAUGCACUUCGACGACACCGAAAACUUCGUGACGCAUCUCGAGGCCAAAAAGUACGUGUCCAACAGCCUGCUUGUGACGGCGGCGCAUGAGCUCGGUCACUCGCUGGGGCUGCUCCACUCCGACGAUUCCGGUGCCCUCAUGGCGCCCUUUUAUCAGGAGUUUCCUGCGGAUUUCCGCCUCCCGGACGACGACAAGUACGGCAUCCAAGCUCUGUACGGAAGACCCAGAUCCUCCUACCCGUCUACCACUCAGCAGCCGCCGUUCAUACCACCGACGCGGCCUUCUACGCGACCGCCCACACGCCCUUCCACACGCCCGCCGUAUAAGCCUCCCACACUCCCUCCUACGCGGCCGCCGUACAAGCCUUCCAUACGUCCCACACGCCCGCCCCCGAAGCCUACACUCCCGCCUCCAACAAGGCCUCCGGUGCGACCUCCUACGACCCCGUCAACGCCCCCACCGGCCACCCCAGAGCCUCCAUCUCAACCCUGUCCAAUCGACCCACCAACGCCCGGAGUGCCUGACACGUGCGCUACCGAGUACGACACUGCAACCGUGUACCGCGGCGACCUUUAUUUCUUCAAAGACAAAUACUACUGGCGUGUGGACCGAAAGGGACAGCCGUCCAGAAGAGAGUUUCCUUAUGAGAUCAAAUAUCGCUUCUACGGCCUGCCUCGUGAUGUCGACCACAUCGACGGCGUUUACGUAGACCGCCAAGACAACCUGGUUUUCUUCAGCGGUCCGAAUUUCUACGUGCUUGACUACUUUUUCCGCUUGAGAAGGAAAGGCAUGCUAACGGACCUCGGGGUGAACGCCACGCACAUCGAUGCAGUGAUGGUCUGGGGGCACAACGGUCGCACUUACCUCUUCAGUGGCAACAAUUACUGGCGACUCGACCGCCGGGGAAUGGCCGAAAUGGACUACCCGCGCGAUGUCAACGUGUGGCGAGGUCUCCCUCAUAACAUGUCUGGGGCCUUCACUUUUCGCUCAGUUACCUACUUCCUUGCAGGCCGCGUCUACUGGGAGUUCGACAACAUAGCCAUGAGGGUCAUUAGAUCCCCUUACCUGAUGGCCUCACACUGGCUCAGCUGCCCCUACCACGACCUGUCACAGGCCACCCGCUGCUCCAGCCACUCGCCGGCCCGCCUUGCGCCGAUUCCAGAUGUCACCGCCGCGCUCGCUCUCCUGCCCGCUGCUCUGCGAUGGCUCCGAGUAGAUUAUGUAUAAUUCAUACAUUAAAAAUAAAUCGUACUUUGAUA